AUGUCCGACAUCAUCGCCUGGCUGGUCCCUACGGCACGCAACUCUCUCGCCGAGAAAGUGACCCAUCUACCCUCCAACAUCUCCCGUGCUGUCCAAACAACAUCCUCCCCAACGCUCACAUCCCGACUUCCAAACCUCCUCGGCAGCCGUCCGUCUCGUGCCCUCAAACUCUCCUUCGACUCUGCCCCUAAGCGACCUGGCUCUUUCGUUCUCGGCGCUGAUCCAUCGACGUGUGACAUCGUCCUCCCCUCGCUGCCAGGCAUCGACGCACGACACUGCGAGCUGAGUUUCGACGCAGAGGGUCGGCUUGUUCUCAACGACUUUUCCCGAGCGGGUACCCAGGUUUGGUAUGAUUGGGAGAGUAACGGUGAUCAGACUGAUUACACGUGGAUAUUGAGCUCUGGCGCGGAGCAUGGGUUUCCCAGCACGGUGCAGCGUAUCACGGUCGAUGUCCAAGGAGUGAGAUUCCAGGUGGUAGUGAACGACCAUUCUGCCGACUGGGAUGCAUAUCAUGACAAGGUUGAGAAUUUCGUAAGACAGCCCUCAUGGUCGCUGGGGCUUUCUGCUGGUUGGGAUCGAGGUUCAGUCACUCCAGUUGCGCCGCUGUUCUCCCACGUCCCUCUAUUUCAGCACAUUCUUGUUAAGGCGUUGGGCGAAGAGCCUGUCGGGGAGGUAUAUCUAUGGAAUUUGGUCAGGCCAUGGGAGCCUAUGGUGAAGGCCGCCGCAUGA